AUGCUAGGACUAGGGAACUCUGUGAUUGGGAGCUUCAUAGCUCACUUUUGGCUACCCCUAAUCGUUUCAGCAGUUCUCACAUGGUUGGUUAGGAAUCGAUACCACAAUGGCUUGAACAAGUACCCGGGACCCUUUCUGGCUUCGUUGACAGACUUGUGGCGAUUCUGGGAUGUUUAUGGACAGCGACCUGACAUAACACAUCGAAAGUUGCACGCAAAAUAUGGCGAUGUAGUACGUCUGGGACCUAAUUCUCUGUCGUUUGCAGACCCGAAGGCUCUCAAGACAAUAUACGGUCUUAAUAAGGGAUUUGUUAAGUCCGACUUUUAUGUUGUCCAGCAGUCAGUAGUCAAGGGGAACUCUCUUGCCUCACUAUUUAGUACGACGGACAACAACUUCCACGCCCAAUUCAGACGAUGUGUCAAUUCGGCCUUUGCUAUGUCUGCUUUAGUGCAGUACGAACCUUUUGUUGACAAUACGACUAAGUUGUUCCUUAAGCAAACGGAACAUCUCUUUGCUGGCAAUCCGGAAGGGUGCGACUUUACACGAUGGCUGCAAUUCUACGCUUUCGACGUAAUUGGGGAGAUUACUUAUAGUAAACGCCAUGGAUUUGUCGAGAAGAACGAGGAUAUCGAUGGCAUAGUUGACUACUUGGGGAAUUUGUUCCUAUACGUUGCGCCGAUCGGCCAGAUUCCGUGGCUCGAUCGCGUCUUCCUCAAAAAUCCCAUCUACCUCAAACUCUCCCAGUGGGGGAUCAUUGAUGCGACUUUCCCUGUUGCGCGGUUCGCGCGUGCUCGCAUGGCUGAGCGUCUGGGACCUAACCUUUCAGGCGAUCCUUCCAAGCCUCUUCUUCCAGUCUCCACCGAAGGCAAAGCCGAACCCAAAUCGCCCGAUCUACUAUCCAAGUUCCUCGCUUCGCAUGAUGCUCGACCGGAGUUCAUGAACGACACUCUAGUGCAAACUAUGGCGGUGUCUAUGGCAUUCGCCGGCUCCGAAACGACCGCUAUCUCACUGGCUAGUGUCUUCUAUUAUCUGCUACGUAACCCGUCUGCGCUCUCGAAAUUGCGAAAAGAGCUCGACGACGCAGCUUUGUCUGGUAUCUUCAGCGAUUACGAAACGGGUCUUGUGACAUGGACUGAGAGCCAAAAGUUGCCGUAUCUUGACGCUUGCAUUAAGGAGGCAUUCCGGUUACACCCGGCAGCUGGCUUGCCGCUCGAGCGCAUCGUUCCCGAGCCUGGCGUCGAGAUUGCAGGUCAUUAUGUCAAGGGCGGAACCAUUGUCGGCUGCUCGGCGUGGAUCAUACAUCGCCGACCGGAGAUCUGGGGCGAGGACGUCGACACCUUCAGACCUGAGCGGUGGCUAGUCGACGAGACACUCACAGGCGCUAAGAAGGAGGAACAAGAGCGUCGGGUUCGUGAGAUGAACGGAAUGAUGUUCCAAUUCGGCAUGGGCGCCCGUACGUGUAUUGGAAAGAAUAUUAGCUUGUUAGAGAUCUAUAAGGUCGUCCCAAGCUUGUUUAGGCGGUUCGAUAUCCAAUUCAAGGACCCCAACCAGGAGUGGAAGCUAGUGAAUGCGUGGUUCGUCAAGCAGCAGAACUUCGAUGCUAUGUUCGAAGUGCGAGAUCUGGUGAAGCCCCUGAAUGAGAAACUUGCCUCGUCUUAA